AUGGGGGGUAAAGCAACGGAUCUCGGCGCCUCGCCUUGGAAGACCGACUCGCGGAGCGUCAGGGAAUGGCUGGGCCUCUCCGAACGGGAGAUAGACAAGCUGCGAGGGGCGCUCACAUCCGCGUCACGCCGCAACCUCCUCGACCAAAGGCUCGACCUGCUGGCCAAUGGGCAAACCGACUCUGUGUUGGGUUUUCUCAGAGUGGAGUUUCGCAUGUCUAAGGCAAACAUUCGCUCUUUGAUAUCGAGGCACCCGCAACUCCUGUUCAUGCCUCGACAGCAAGCGGUGGAUCGAUGUUCCUGGCUGUCGGAGACUCUCAGCCUCAGCAAGAAGAAACUCGUGAAGAUGCUGCUAAAGUUCCCCAGGUUGUUCGGGUAUAGCGAGAAGGGGAGCUACGCUCCCCUGGUAGAGUGGUUCAGAUCAUACCUGGGGAUGGACACUCGGGAGGUGGCGCGAUUGGUGGUCCGACUACCGCAGCUUUUCAGCUUCAAGCCCGAUGAGAACAUUGAGGACACGGCUAGGUUUUUGGAGUCGCUCGGGCUUAGCCGCAAAGAGGUCUGCAAGAUGGUGCUUUUGCAUCCCGAAACUUUCAGCUACAGUAUCGAAGAGAAAGUAAUUCCAAUGCUCGAGUGGCUGCAGAAGGAGCUGAGAGCUUCACCCGACGAGGUGAUACAAAUGGUCGCCAGAUAUCCCAGCCUCUUGGGAUGCAGCCAAACGAAGAAUCUGGCGCCGAAGUUCUGCUUCUUCCGCACGACCCUGAAGGCAUCGGUUGCCGACAUUCGAGCCGCCGUGGUGGCCACACCGAGCCUCCUCGGCUACAGCCUCGACUAUCGCAUCUGCCCGAGGGCGACGCUGAUGGUCGAGAGAGGCGUCGUUCCCGACUUCGGCGAGCACAGGUGGCUGUUGACCACGGCCUCAGAAGAAAACUUUGAGCAGUGGAUGAAGGCCAACAGCGGCACAUAUCGGCUGUAAACUGCGCGGAGGCUAAAGCUGGCGCCGGGCGCUAAGGGACAGAAGGACCGAGAGUGGGCAAGCUUCGAGGAGCAGUGUCACCGGUCCUGUGUGCGCUGUGAAUAACCUCGGUGGGGUGAUCGGUUUACCCUGUUGUCAACAACAAGAUGACGACGGGUUCGGAGAAGAUUCGCCACCGGGCGCCCAGAAUAGAGCUACGUGACCAUGGCUGGCCCAACGCUCGUGCUGUGUACAGGCGGGCGGGGAAACGCGCACUAAACAGACUUCAGGAACUUCUG